UUGACUUUCUUUUGUGUCUUCGUGGCUGUUUUGGGAAUAGAAAGUUGGAAUCAUUGCACAAGUAAUCCUAAUUGUCGCUGUAUCCCAAAAGAUAACAAAAACUAUAUAGCAGACUGUUCGAAUCUAGCAAUCACAGAGGUACCGCGAACGCGACCAGAUGUCGACACUCUCAAUAUAGGACAUAAUAGAAUAAGUCACAUCAUGCAUCCGUUCAGUCCCACACUUGUGAAUUUGGAUAUGUCUUAUAACCAGCUUCAAAACUUUACUCAUGACGUGUUCGCAAAUUUAACACGCCUGAGAACUCUAAAUUUAGAAGGAAAUCAACUUCAAUUGGACGACAGCGUACUCAGACCGGAAGUCUUCCGAGACAUAAAAGCUUUACGUUCAAUAAACAUUAAGAAGACUAUAGUCAAAGCACAGAGCACAUUUCCAUAUAACAUGUGGGGCCAGCUGUCCUCGUUAGAGACUCUCCGGAUUGACGUCAUAUCAUCGACACAAUUUGGUCGACAGUUUCGCUCAUUAAGGUCAUUGACUGUCCUGGAUGUAUCAGGCUGCUCCGGGUUUUGCUCGAUAGAAGAAAUUGGAGAAAAGUUCUUGGAAAAUCUGCCUCACUUGGAGAUUCUGGAUUUGUCUUGUUGUCAGAUAAAAGGAUUCUCAGCAGGUGCCCUGAAAAAACAACGAAAUAUAACGGUCCUUGAUAUUUCAUACAAUGAAAAACUUACAUUUGCAAGUUUUGCAAAUAUAACAAGCGAUUUACAGUUUUCCAAAAUAAAGGUUUUCAAAGCUAAUAAAAUCCACUGCACGUAUGGAUUAGGUACUGUGAUACAAAUUCGUGACGUCAUGCACUUUCAGAACACAUCUCUUGAAGAACUUUACCUAGAGAACAACAGACUAGCUCUUGUAGAAAGAUAUGCUAUCCGCUAUUUUCCUCACACUCUCAGAAUAGUGUCGCUCGUCCGAAAUAAAAUGUCACCUGGUACUUACUUGAUGGAUGUCGUGUUCUUGACAGGGAUGGAAUCACUUGACUUGUCCCUCCAGAUGGGGUCCACGCCCAUCAGCGACCUUAUAGACGCUUUCACUUGUCAAAACCCUAUACGACCUUCCAAUAACACAAUAGAGAGUCAUUCCAACAAAUUCAACACAGAACCAUUUCAAAUGAGAUACAAUACUAGUAUCACCGAAACUCUGCCAAGAAAUUUAAGAACGCUCAUACUGAGAACAUGUGGCAUACGUCUGGAACUGUUUAGGAUUCUUGUUAACCCGUCCAAUCAGUUAUCCCAUGUUGACCUUUCACAGAACGUAAUUACCAGCUUCACGGGGCCUAUUAUAGGAUUUAAUAAACUGAAAUAUUUGGACUUGUCAGAUUGUCUUUGUUCCUCGCUUUCAACUGUUUUUUUUUAUUUAACGACAGCACUGCAAGUCUUAAAGCUUAACAAGAACCUGUUAGGUUUCAGUUUGAAAGACGAUUUGGACGGAGGAACCUUUAAGAAUCAGGUCAAUCUUCAAGAGCUAGACUUAUCGGACAACAGAAUACAACGGCUACCUGAAAUGUUAUUCAAAAAUCUAGGAAAGCUUCAAAAGCUGAAUUUAAGUUCUAAUUUCCUGACAGAAUGGAAUGUGAAGAUGAGUAACAUGCGGAACUUGCUCAUGAUUGAUAUUUCAGUCAAUAAGAUAAGGCAACUCAGUCAGGACGCCACAGUCUCUAUUGCAGAAAUGUUGAAAAAGAAUACACAUUUUAAAAUUUUUCUGGCAGACAAUCCUUUUGCUUGUUCAUGCGAUUCUCGACAUUUUUUACAGUGGUCUUCCAAAAAUCGCAAGCAUAUCUCGGACUUUCAUCAGAUGAAAUGUAAGUUAGACAAUGGAACAAGCUUUGGUUUCCAAGACAUAGAAACAGUUUUACGAUUGCUUGAAAUUCAGUGUAAAAAUUAUCAAGUGUUAAUAUUCAUAAUAACUUCUGUCAUAGUGUUCUUUGUGAUAAUCAUUGUUACCGGUUUAAUUUACCGGUACCGAUGGAAACUGCGGUACUUGUUUUAUAUGACUAAAAACAAAUACCGAUUAGUCAGACCUAUAUAUCGGGAUACGUUUACGUUUGAUGCCUUUAUAUCAUAUGCCGAUGAAGACAGUGACUUCGCGGUACACGAGUCGAUUUCCCAGCUAGAGGAAUCAAGAGGACUGCGCCUGUGCCUCAGCAAGAGGGACUUCCGGCCCGGUACAGAGAUCGCAGCUAACAUUACAGAAGCCAUCACCAAGAGUCGUAAAACAAUCAUAAUUCUGUCCAAUCACUUCCUGAACUCUUACUGGUGUAUGUAUGAAUUCAAUAUGGCAAGGAUGGAGAGUAUUUAUACCCGGAAUGGAAAGCACGUACUGUUCAUGGUUAUGUAUCGACACGUGACUGCUAAGAUGUUGCCUUUAUCAAUGCUGGCCUUGGUAGAAAGUCAUUCCUAUAUCGAGUACCCAGACGAUCCUCAGGGGAACAUCGUUUUCUGGGACAAAGUAGCUGAUACAUGCAGAAAUCCCUCAGAUUAAAGUAGCUGACACCUGGAAAAGCAUUCAGAUUAAUAUAACUGAUACCUGCAGAAAACCUUGAUUAACCACUGAGAUCUGUAAUAGGUCCUUAAGACAACAAAUCUGAAACCUGUGAUAAGCCUUCUUUAUAAAAAAAAAAUAGAUGAAAUGAAAAAAAAAAAGAAAAAUCUGAUUGAUCUCAAGAAACUUACAAAAAUACAGAUUUGUGAGCUAUUCAUUAUGCAGAUGGUGAACAGCAUACUCAAACUCAAAAGUCCAAAGGGACAUUAUAUGAAAUUUGGAGCUUAUCAAUCACGAUUCUUCAAAAUAAUCAUUUCCUGUCAACUAAUCAAAUCAGCGGAAAACCUAUUUUAAAAGUCGUCAAGAUAAGAAUAGCCAAACCUGGGGAAAUUUUAGAUUUAAAAACACUGAAUUCACGAAAAAGCUUUAAGCUCUAACCCUGCAAAAGGCUUGCAAAAUAAAAAUAACUGAAACCCGCCAAAUGAAGACACAACGGAAACAGCCAUCUUAUUGAUAUUCUCCCUCAGUUGAAAUGCAGAUGUUUCUAAACAUUAGAAGUUGUUGCUUAACGUAAUUAAGUCAUACAGGUAUACCACUUUGUAAAAGUGACACCACAAAAUUGAGGAUCUGAUUCUAUGGGUUUUCCCUGCAGUUUCACAUGUAGAGUGAUCUGCCCUUAGAUCUGAAUUAUAACAAAUAGAAAUUUACAGUAUAUUACCCAAUUUGUAAUUAAUUCAAGUAUUCUUAAGAUUUUAAAAUGCCAAGAAAAAUUAAUUGAACAUGUUAUUUAAAUGUAAUGUGUACAUCAUGGAAGUAAACAACAGUGAUAUCUAUUCACUGAUACAAUGUUGUCUUAGUACAUUUUUCCCUGAGGUAAAUGACACGUACCAUAUUGAAAAUUAAAUACUAUACAGUUGGAAAAUAACUCGCGGUGUAAAUAUUCGCUAUAUUCACGGUAUUUGAAAAUGAAUCCAUGAAUUAAAAAAAACAGUGAAUAAGUUUUCAAUAGGUAUAGAUAAGGGGGGAAACUUUUAUUAUAUACCAAUUCCGCGAAUUCAAGAAACCGUGAUUGUGUCAAAGAAGAGAAAAACGUGAAAAUAACAACCAGUGAAAUAAAUCCUCUACUGUGAAGUCACU